CAUGGAGGGCGGAACCCAUGCAGCCCCCAGAGCCUUGCCUUACUACGUGGCCUUCUCUCAGCUGCUGGGUCUGACUGUGGUGGCCAUGACCGGUGCCUGGCUUGGCCUGUACCGAGGCGGCAUUGCCUGGACGAACACCCUGCAGUUCAACGUGCAUCCCCUCUGCAUGGUCAUCGGCCUCAUCUUCCUGCAGGGUGAUGCCCUGCUGGUUUACCGUGUCUUCAGGAACGAAGCCAAACGUACAACCAAAGUUCUGCACGGGCUGCUGCAUGUCUUUGCCUUCAUCAUUGCCUUGGUGGGUUUGGUGGCCAUGUUCAACUAUCACAGGAAGAAGGGCUAUGCUGACCUGUAUAGUCUACACAGCUGGUGUGGGAUCAUCGUCUUCGUCCUUUAUUUUGUGCAGUGGCUCGUGGGCUUUAGCUUCUUCCUGUUCCCUGGAGCUUCAUUUUCUCUGCGGAGCCGCUACCGCCCACAGCACAUCUUCUUUGGAGCCUCCAUCUUCCUUUUUUCUGUGGGCACAGCCCUGCUUGGCCUGAAGGAGGCACUGCUGUUUAAACUUGGGGCCAAGUACAGCACAUUCGAGCCUGAGGGUGUCUUGGCCAACGUGCUGGGCUUGCUGCUGGUCUGCUUUGGUGUGGUUGUGCUCUACAUCUUGACUCGCACUGAAUGGAAGAGGCCGUCCCAGGCUGAAGAACAAGCCCUCUCCAUGGAUUUCAAGACCCUGACGGAGGGAGAGAGUCCCAGCUCCCAGUGA